GGAUGCUUUCCGUCAGUCGCCUUUUCAGCUCCGCUUCCUCAGCGAUCAUCAAGUCCAGCAAGCCCUGCGGGCAACGAGAACCACCCCAGCAAGUGAUGAAAGGGAUGAAGAUAGAAGUUCCUGAGCACCUCCUCACUGAACUGCAGCUGUUUUGAUUCAGAUGAUGGUUCAUUUACAGACUGAGGGUGUUGGACAAACAGUGCAGUCUGACCAACAUUCGCUCUGUCUCCAUCUGCUGGACAGAAGCGAAGAUCUGAGCCGGAUCUGGGCUACAGGCUCACAGAUGCAUAAAGGAGACCACCAAAAUAGCUCAUCCAGGCCAGAUUCUGUGUUUUCCUCCGCGAUGGCAGACACAUGAGGGAAAAUGAAGGCUUUGUGGACGCGCCCGCUCCUCGGAUGUGUUAAAUUUCUUCCCCAUCGACACUGACAGCAACAUUUAGGAGGAGUGGAGCCCCGCUGUCCUGUGGAUUUAUCCGGGCGACAGAGAGAGAGACGCAUGGAACAUGGCUGCGAUGAGAACUUUAACCGUGGCGGGUCUGUUUUUGGCGUUUUUCGCGCUGGGCUUGAUCGCCGUGGCGAUCAGCACCGACAACUGGUACGAGACCGACGCCCGGCGGCACCGGGAGCGCUGCAAGAAUUACUCCAACAAAAGGAACGACCCGGGCUACAUCUACAUCUCCAACCUGCCCCUCCGCAUGCUGCCGAGUAAGGAGAGGCACGUCGACAGGAAGGGCUCCGGGGUCCGCGGGGAGAUGCUGCUGCUGCGGCGGGCCAAGCGGCACUUCUUGCCUCCUGCUCCGGCCAUGGAGUCGCUCUGCAGUCGGCAUUUCAACUCCACCAUCACGGGACUGUGGAGGAAGUGCCACCGAGAGGGCUUCGACCUGGAGACGGAGGACUUGAUUUUCAAAGGAUUGGUUCCGCGCUGCACACCAAUAAAAUACUACUACUCCUCAUCUGCGCUCCCCAGACACCUGCCAAUCAACCUGAUAAACACCAUCAGACAGGAUGAGUGGCACGCGCUCCACCUCCAGCGGAUGACUGCCAGCUUCAUCGGCAUGGCGGUUUCCAUCAUCCUGUUUGGAUGGAUUAUAGGCGUGCUGGGCUGCUGUCAGGACCAUGAUCUGAUGCAGUAUGUGGCUGGACUCCUCUUCCUCAUGGGAGGGACCUGCUGCAUCAUCUCCCUCUGCACAUGUGUGGCCAGGAUCAACUUUGAGCUGUCCCGCAAUCCUCGCUACAUGUUUGGAAUACCAGAGGACAUCAGUCAUGGGUAUGGCUGGUCCAUGUUUUGCGCGUGGGGCGGACUGGGCCUGACGUUGCUGGCCGGCUUCCUGUGCACGCUGGCUCCCUCCCUAUACCCUCCCCAGACCCCCGUAGUGCACAAACCGAGACAGGAGAACGGCUGUGUGUGACGGGACACAUUAAACCAGACGCCUUGUCUUGAGACAGCAAUGGGCCCUGAUCUGGAGACGUUUAAUUCCAGGGUCUUGGAUGUGAAAGAGCCGACUUUCACAUGGAGAAAGCACUAACAGGCACAUAGGGGGGAUGUUUGACUUCAUUUUGGUCCCUUUGGUGCUUUGUCCCUCUUUACGAAUGAACAGUUGCUUGAGCUCCAGAAGGAGGACACAAUAUUUUCUUCCUGUAGAAUUGGCUGGUUCAAGAAGAAGAAAAAAAA